CAUACGUUGCCCCUCUUCUUCCUCCUCCUCUUCUUCCUCGCAAGUCCGCUUCUGUCUCCGGAAUGAGGGGGGGGAGCCCCCCUCCCAAACUGCCUGCUUCUCCCGGAAGUGGAGCUUCUACGCCGGAUUGCUGCUCUGCUGCGCCAUAGCUCUAGGGGCGCGCGCUUUCGGAAAGGGGAGGGGAACCCCCCCCGUGGGAAAGAGAAUCGGGAGCGAGGAAAAAGAGACCAGGGCCUGCCUUCACCUGCAGCAGAAUUCCCCAACCCACCAAGGAUUUGAGAGCCAUCAGCUAUCCUCACCUGGUUUAGCCGGCCGGUUGAAGCCGUUGCUUGGAUCACGGCCGCUGUUGCAUGCUGACAGCUUCUGGAAGCCACAGGAUUUCCUUUCCUCCAACUCUGAGGAAGGUGAUGGACAAGACAGUCAGAAUUCCGGAAGACGGGACACCUUUCGUUUCACUGGGAAUAGUCACUAAAAUGUGUGAAAUGUGGAAUAUGCUUCACUGAAUGAGAACACAUAGUUCAUAUCAAGGAACUCAAACAGAGGAGAAACCAUUUAAAGAUAUGCAGAGUGGAAAAGGUUCCACUGAUAGUGGAAAACUUAGAACUCACAUGCACAAUAAACGAUUUAAAUGCAUGGAGUGUGGAAAGAACUUCAGUCAGAGUGGACACCUCAAUAGACAUCAUCAGACUCACACAGGAGAGAAACCAUUUAAAUGUAUGGAGUGUGGAAUGGUCUUUAGUGAGAAUGCAAACCUUAGAAGACACCAACGGGUUCAUACAGGGGAGAAACCAUUUAAAUGCUUGGAGUGCGGAAAGAGCUUCAGUUUCAAUGCAAACCUUAGAAUACAUCAGCGGACUCACAUGGGUGAAAAACCAUAUAAAUGCAUGGAGUGUGGGAAGAGCUUCAGUCAGAGUGGACACCUCAGAAGACAUCAUCAGACUCACACAGGAGAAAAACCAUUUAAAUGUAUGGAGUGUGGAAAGAGCUUCAGUUUCAAUGCAAGUCUUGGAAGACAUCAACAGACUCACACAGGAGAGAAGCCGUUUAAAUAUAUGGAGUGUGGAAAGAGCUUCAGUAAAAGUGUUCACUUCAAUAAACAUCACCAGACUCAGACAGGGGAGAAACCAUUUAAAUGCAUGGAGUGCGGAAAGUGCUUUAGAGAUAAUGGAAACCUUAGAAGACAUCAACAGAUUCACACAGGAGAGAAACCAUGUAAAUGUAUGGAGUGUGGAAUGAACUUCAGUCAGAGAACACAGCUCAGUAGACAUCAACAGAGUCACACAGGGGAGAAACCAUUUAAAUGCCUGGAUUGUGGAAAGAGCUUCAGUCAGAGUGCAUACCUUAAGUUACAUGAACGGACUCACACAGGGGAGAAACCAUUUAAAUGUAUCGAGUGUGGAAAGAGCUUCACUUUCAAUGCAUCCCUUAGAAGCCAUCAACGAACUCACACAGGAGAGAAACCAUUUAAAUGUAUGGAGUGCGGAAAAAGCUUUAGCAAGAGUGGACACCUCAAUAUACAUCAACAGAUUCACACAGGGGAAAAACCAUUUAAAUGUAUGGAGUGUGGAAAGAGUUUUAGUGAGAAUGCAAGGCUUAAAAUACACCAGCGGAUUCACACAGGGGAGAAACCAUUUCAAUGUAUGGAGUGUGGAAAGAGUUUUAGUGAGAAUGCAAGGCUUAAAAGACACCAGCGGACUCAACACAGGAGAGAAACCAUCUAAAUGUAUGCAGUGUGGAAAGAGCUUCAGUUACAAUAUAAGCCUUAGAAUAACCCAGCGAAUUCACACAGGUGAAAAACCAUAUAAAUGUAUGGAGUGUGGAGUGAACUUCAGUCAGAGUGGACACCUCAGUAGACAUCAGUGGACUCACAGUGGGGAGAAAACAUUUAAAUGUAUGGAGUGUGGAAAGAGUUUUAGUGAGAAUACAAGGCUUAAAAAACACCAGCGGAUUCACACAGGGGAGAAACCAUUUCAAUGUAUGGAGUGUGGAAAGAGCUUCAGUCUGAAUGGAAACCUUAGAAAACACCAAAGGACUCACACAGGGGAGAGAUCAUUUUAAUGUAUGAAGUACUGGAAAAAGCUUCAGUCAGAGUGAAAAUGGUUGAGGAAGACAUCCGCGGACGCAGUGGGGAGAAAGCGUUUAAUUGUAUGGCUUCAGUCAGAGUGGAAGUCCCACAUCAACAGACUGAUGGACAGGAAGAACUUUUAGAGUUGGAACCGUAGAAACCAACAACAAACUCAAAGAGGAUAAGCAAUUUAAAAGGAAAGAUUGCAGAAAGUUAUUUAGUUAUAAUGGAGUGCUUAAGGAACAUCUAGGGAGUCUCACAGGGGAGGACCCAUUUAGAUGUAUGGAGUGUGGGAGGUGUAUCUCUCAGAGUCAUUCUGAGCAAUGAACUCAGCAGGAAAUCAUUCUUAAAAACAUGAGGUAUAUGUGAAGUUCUGUUGUUUAUAUAUAAAAUUGUAUAGUACUGAAAUAAUGAAGGUAAUGUCUCACAAUAGUGAGUAUAAUUUUAGAUGUAAAGUAACUUUGGUUUUGGCCCCAAACUCUGUCACCCCCCUCCCCAACUGCAUGAUCUCCAAGCACUGCUUCUUCACCAGAAGUCCAUCCUUGCCCCCCAGGCCUUUUGAAGAAAACUUAAAAUGCUGUAAUUUAAUGGGAGAUUUCCCCCGGAUGUCUCCUGGGGGGCCCAUCUUCACUCAUGAGCCCCAUGAUUCACACAGAGUAAAACUACCAAAAACCUCUUAAACCAAUGGACUAGAUAUGAUCUCUCUACAUUAGAUCAAUACAUUUCUUUGCCUGAAAAAUGCAGCCAUGACACUUUCAAAGUCAACACCAACAGUUUGAAUUCUGCUUGGAAAUGUGCUGGGAGUCAGGGAAGAUCCUUUAGGACCAGUGAGAUGUGGUCUCGGCGGCUGCUCCCAUUCAGUUGCCGUUUCCAGGUCACCUUCAAAGGUAGCCCCAUGUAGAGCGCAUUGCAGUAGUCCUAGCGAGCGAUAGCCAGAGCAUGCACCACUCUGGCGAGACAGUCGGCAGGCUGGGAGGCUCUCAGCCUGCAUUUUCAUAUAAUUCUCUUUUAAUAAAAUACAAUCUGUAAAUUUUAAAUUCACCUUCCACAUCUUUUACCCGGCCUUCAAGUUGUAUAUUGUGACCUAGAUGCUGAGCCCAUUUUAUUUGUGCCGACUUUACCAUUUCGUCCAGCGUUUCCCCAUACAGCAGGAGAUUAUACCUUUUUAAAAGUAAUUUCGUAUGUCUUCCUUAAACUGUUCACUUAGUUGUCUAUGAUCUAAACAACUUUGUGAAUAGAUCUUCAAAUCCUCAAGUUCUUUCAGCUUUAGCCCUGUUUCCACCUCUAUUAAUAAUUUUCUGUACGACAGCCAAUUUUCUCUCUUACUAAGAGGUUUUAAUGCUAACGCUUCCACCGGCGAGAACCACCAUAGGGUUUUUGGUCCUAGAAAAUCUUUAUUUUUAUGCCAAACUUUUAUAAGGAUUUUUCUUUUUGUAUGAUUAUGAAAACCUUUGUUUUUAUCUUUCCCGUACCAUAAAUAUGAAUGCCAACCAAAUCUAUUAUCAUGUCCUUCCAGAUCUAACAUUUCAUCUCUCCAGUCCCAGGAUCACACUUCAAAAUGACCAUAACAGAUUAGACAACUGGGCCAAAGCAAACAAGAUGAAUUUUCCCCCCUCCCCCAAUAAUUUUUAUUUAUUUUCAAAUAAAGCAAAAUACAAAACUACAAAGACAUAAAAAGAAAAAAUAUAAAAAAUAUAUAAAAAAUCAAAACCUAAAUCUAGUUUCUUACCAUUGUAGACUUCCUCACCUCUUCCUCAAUGAGUUCAAUUUUCAUUUAUAUCUUAUAUCAAUCUAACAUAUAUAUUUUAUAAUCCUUAAAUAAUUUCUCAUUAUAUCUUAUAUCAUUCAACAUAUUUUUUCCUUAACCUUGAACAAUUUCGUAACACAUCUUGACUUAUACUUAAAUCAUAUCUAAUUUCAUAUUCACCAUCUAAUAUCAUUCCCCAAUUGAUCAAUUAACCUAAUUCUGGGGGAAAAACUAGUCCCUUUAACUUUUAUUUCUCCCCAAAGCCUAUAUCUCAUUCCCAAAAAUAUCCAUAUAAACAAGUACUACUUCAUCUAAUAAUAAUAAUAAUAAUAAUAAUAAUAAUAAUAAUAAUAAUAAUUUAUUUAUACCCCGCCCAUCUGGCCGGGUUAAGUUAAGUUAAACACUUAAAUCAGGCAUCCCCAAACUUUGGCCCUCCAGAUGUUUUGGACUACAAUUCCCAUCUUCCCCAACCACUGAUCCUGUUAGCUAGGGAUCAUGGGAGUUGUAGGCCAAAACAUCUGGAGGGCUGCAGUUUGGGGAUGCCUGACUUAAAUCUAGUUUGGUUUCCCCCCACCCCCACCCCCUGGAAUCUGUGUCUCCAGAUGACUCAGCCAGCUCCUUAGAUCAUUCCAGAUUCGGACCAUCUUAAUAAGAAAAAAUCAUAUAUUGAGAACUUUCACCCCACUCCCACUCUGACCCAUUCCAACCACUGCUCUGCCCUCUUCGUCUCCUGCUGUCUCCCCAGUUCUUUAACUGUUGCACAAUUCCAUCCAAUUGUAUUUCCACAUUUCAACCCUCUUCCAUUUUUUAUUCCCUUCAAACUCUGUCCCCAGCAUGCAUCCCCCCCCCCACUGGACGGACAACAUUCCAUGCUGGUUCUUCUUUGAAGGUCUUUUGGAUCAAACAUGAAUCCUGUCCCCCCCCCUCCCACUGGAGGAACAAUGAUCCAUGCCUCCUCCUCGUCUUCUUUAAAUAUUUCAUGAUUCAAGUCUAGUGGUAUUUCAACUUGGUUCUCUUCAUUCUCUGUUGGCAUUGAUACUUUUCCAUUGUGCUUACGCAUCUCAUCUCUAAAGUCCAAAAGGAAUUCCAAAAAUUGUUUUUCAAAAUCAACAAUGUCAGAUGUUGUAUCUUCCGUCACGCUAAUCAUCUCCGGUUUCAUGGGAAUAACAGCACAGGAAAUGGUGCUAAUUGUAUUUCCAAACCUCAGAAUCUAAAGUCACAUUCGGUCUCGUUCUCACUCUCAUUUUUUAAUCUUCUUCAUAACUUAGAAGUCUUAAAUCCAGUAAUGAAAAGAGCCUUUUAAAAAAAAAAUUACAACCUAAUAUUGUAGUCUCUCUUCAGUGUUGAUAGCUCUCAUCAGGGCCGUCUUAAGCAUAUCUGGCGCCGUGGUGCGAAAAUCCCUCAAGCGCCCCCCCCCCCAUUUCCCAGAGUUGAUGGUGACCUUUUUAGGGAGCAGACAUCACUUACAUAUUAUCUCUGCUUGGGGAAAGAAAACAGGAAACAUAAACUGUUUUGGUUGCCCGUUUAGUGUGUGCCGAGGUCCCCAAACCACCCCUCAAAGUAAAACACACUCCACACAGAAAUUUUUAAGGUUUUUGGCAUAAAUUUGGCCACAACUUUAUUAAAACACAAAAUAUGUUGCACAUAUCAUUGCACAUAUUAUUAAGUAUAUAACAACACACCACAUUGUUUUGCUUUUUCUUGCUUUUGUUUUGUUUUUGGUUUUGCCGUCACUGGUAAUGUUAAAUAUAUGCGUAGGGAUACGGACAAGUUUGGAAAAGCAGUUGUCAAAUUAUUUGAAUAUAUAUAAUUCAAAACAUCCACCGGAGUUGUGUCUGCAUUGAAAACAAUUGGCAAUAGUUCCAGCUCCUGAAAUAAAUCUUCUCCGUCUACCCGUAUAUCAGCCCCACUAUCAGCAGUCAAUUUCUGUUGUAAAUUUAAACACUGUGCUCUUCUCUGGCCUGUCUCUAAUUUUCUCCAUUUGCCUAUAUUUUGCAAAAAUGAAAAAAUGUUGUUGUGUUCACUUAACAGUUCAAAUCUUUCAUUUACUUUUGUGAUCGCCAGGUCGAACAAAUAAAAAUAAAAUUUUACUUUAAAGUCGUUCUGUGGAUCUGCAAUUUGCUCAUCGGUAUGCUCAUAACGGAAAAACCUUUUUCUGGCACGUGGGCGUGCAGUGCUUGUAAAGAUGGCUUCGCAUUCUAUUUCCUCGGCAAUUGAUUUAGCUUCUAACAACAUAGCGUCAAAGGCAGAGUUUGUACGCAUUGUUGCUAAGUUACUCUUGACCAGAUCUAUCAUUUUAACUGCUUCCAAAAGAACGACACCAGACUUUUGUAAGGUUUUACUUACAACAUUAAUUUUCGCUAAUAUGUUGUACCACGUUACUAAAGAACAAAUGAAUUUGAAAGACUUCAAUUUCAACAUCAAUGAACUUGCCAUGUUCCUUGUGUCACAAUCUCUCUUGUCAUCUGAAUAAAUAGAAUAGAAGGUGUCGUAAACCUUUUCGAUAUUAAAAUGAAGUGCUUUCAACGCCUCUACUCUACUUUCCCUUCGCGUGUUUGAUAAUGGUUUUAAAGUUAAAGUGGGCAUCUGGUUCAAGAGAAUUUGCCAACGUGUCAUCGACACAUAUAUUUCUUGAACAAUGGGAAAAAAGUUAGACACUUCCAUUGAGCUUUUAGCAGCAUCAUUAACUACUAAAUUGAGGCUGUGAGCAGCACAAGGAACGUAAAAAGCACGUGGAUUUAUAUCCAAUAUUUUUCUUUGGAGGCCUAUAUUUUUCCCUUUCAUAUUUGCACCAUUAUCAUAUCCUUGCCCUCGCAUGUUG